AUGGAUUGGGCACGACGGGUGUUGGGGAGACCCAAUAAGGAUGGUGGUGAUGGUAGGAGGAGAAACAGCCUUCGAAAGUUUCCUGAGCGGCAAUAUGGGGUGCAAAGACGAAUUUUAGGACAAGGUUCAUCUUGCAAAGUGUUUCUCUAUGAAAAAUGCGGUGAAAAAUCACUUUUUGCUGUGAAAACAUUUACAAGAAGCGAUUUAAAGGAUGAAGAUCAGAUAAGAAUGAUAGAGAAAGAACUAUUAAUCCACCGUCUUGCAUCCCAUGAGAAAUACACUGUUAAGUUGAUUGAUGCUUUCACCGUUAAAAAGAAGAUGGACUUCUUUAUUGUCCUCGAAUACAUGCCUUGUUCCCUGGCUGAUUUGUACAACACAUACAAAGCCCUCCUGCCACAAACAGAUAGGCUCUGUUACUUCAAGCAGAUUGUGGAAGGUGUAAUGUAUCUUCAAUCCAAAGACAUUGCACAUCGAGACAUCAAACUGGAAAACUGCUGCAUCGACACUCGGGGUAAUAUCAAAAUCAUUGACUUUGGAUCCUCAACACUGGGGAAUCUUGGUUAUGGAAUGGCUGGGUCACCCAUUUAUUGUGCUCCUGAAAUCCAAAACUCCCUGAGCUAUAAUUCUUUUGUUAGUGAUGUUUGGUCUUUGGGGAUCAUUCUCGUCAAUCUCUUUUACGUCUCCACGACAAAAUGGAAAACGGCGCAUCGUAACGAUCGAUUUUAUGUUGUUUAUCUGAAGGAGCCCAUUAUGAAAAAUGUGGUCAAUUCUUUGGCUGGAGAUCUUUCUUCAGAAUUUGUCUCUUUACAGCCUGCUGUGGAUGAUAUCAUUCUUAAAUUACUAACAGUGGAUGUUACCCACAGAAUUACCUUACAACAAUUAACUCAAAACGAACUCUGGUUUAACGAGAUUUCCUGUUGUACGGACACGAAUCAUGAAAAUGGAUCCCCUCCCUUGAUCCAUUCUCAUAGCUUGUUCCUUAAUCGGUUGUCAUCCCUCUAA